AUGACCCUCCGCAACCCUGUACAUUACCCAUUCACGACCUCGUCCACGACCCACGUCAAAACCAUCCUCGCUCUCUCAAUCUACCUCUUCAUCAUGGCCUCCUACCUCCGCAGCAUCUUCGGAUACGGUAACUCGUCGUCCUCAGGACAGAGCAGCGGCAAGUCCCACAGUCGCUCUCGCGCUGCCUCUAGCGCUGCUCCCGUAUAUGGAAAAGCAUAUCCCGUUCCCGCAGCCACGCCUUCCGCUGCUUCGUCUGGUCAUCCUGACGUGAAGAGAGCUAACAGCUACAACGUCUCGUCGCGAACAAACACGCCUUCUCCCUUGCGCUACCCGACCUACGACUCGCGGCACUCACAUGAAAGCCCUCGUCCUAAAGCGUCCUCGUCGGCUGCAGCGACGUCGACGCCGGUGUAUCGGCGUGCAAGCUAUAAACCCAAGGAACAUGUGCACUACCCAACAUUUUCCCCGCCCGGCUAUGGAACACCGACGAGCUCUCGAUCUAACUCGAGCUCGUCACUGUAUGCCAAUGGGGUCCCUCCGUCUGCACCGCUGUCAACCAGCUCCCGUGGAAGUGUUCCGUAUGCUGAGCGACGCCCUCGUGCCAAGCAGAAUCACACAUGGAACGGUACCGGUACUAGCCCUAGCGCGUCUUCAUCUUCUUAUGGUCAAACGCCCCAUACCCCGGUCCAGCCAAAAAGCCUUCACAUGCAUCCUCUUCUUGCGUACACGCGUCUUCACCAUGCUCCUAUCUCAUACGAUAUCUCCUUCACGCCAUCCGCCCGUACCGUGCUGGACCGCACCAUUCACUCUCCCGUUCCCGCACACACCCUCGCGCAGCCUGCGACAGAGCCCCCAACCCCCGCGAGCGCCCGGCUGGUCCUUCGCUCGCACAAGUUUCCUUGGCUUGUCGUCGUGGGACCCGUAGGUUCCUCCGCGAGCUCUUCUCCUUCAUCUAACUUUUACCUGGGCUCUGGCUCUGGGAAAUCGAGCCGCAGCAAUGCGUGCUUGACGAAUUUGGAUGUGCUGUACGCCGUGCACACCACGCUGAUGACGCGGGUCACACCGGAAGAGUGGGAAAAUUUGGGUUAUGGGAGCAAGGCGCAACGGAAGGUUGCCGCCGCGUAUGAGAAGAGAUGCCAGCGCAUGGGUGGAGGCUGGGAGGGCGGUGUGAGGAGGCUUGAUUGGUUGGGUAGCAAGACGCGGUUCGUCGGCAUCGAAGUGGACAAGGGCGCCGUAGCAGGCGGAAGUGUUGGUAAGCUCGUCUUUGGUAAGGCCUGAUUGCCACUGCUCGAGCAAGGCGGGGUCUCGCUCCCAUGUCUCAGGUGUCAAUUCCGUCCGGGCUCGCCUGGAUCAUCUCGUCUCGUUUUUUCAGGUUUUGUUUUCGUCUCGUUUUGUGUGGUCGUUUUCCUGCUCCGGUUUCUCUUGGUCUCGGUUCUCGUCUUCGUUCUGUCCUGUUUUCUGUCAACUGUCUCCGCUCGUUCACGCAAACCCCCGUCAUCGGCUCCUUUAAAUGGAUUCUUCUUUCUUGUGGUUAUAGGUGCGGACUCGUACUUAUCGGGCUGAUGCUCCUCAGCGCUUGCAAGCGCGAGGCGAUACACGGUUUGUGUGUGUAUAAUUUUAUCCUGCAUCUGUACUUUACUGUUUCAUACCCACACACGCACCCCUCUUCUCACAGACUCUCCCCUUUGCUUCACACCAUGGUUGUGUAUAUUAGCCACGGAUGAUAUGUUCCAUGCUUUCCCUUAUCUAUGCAAUGCAUUGACCUUGUCGCUUGUUCCUUCC